AUGUUCCAAAAAGCACCUAUCCCCGAACUUGUAGGACGCCAGAAAAGAGUAGAAGAUAGCCCAACAUCCCUGGGCUCUGCUAUCAACGUUGGCGAUCUCACGGCAUUGCGGCGCUUCCUCUCAGAUAAGCCAGACGAACCCCUCGGAUCAUACGGCGCGCCGCUUCACUUAGCAAUCUAUCUAGAGAAAGAAGAAGCCGUCGAUAUUUUACUGGAAGCUGGGGCAGACCCGCUCAAAGAGCCGCAUAUUCUCGACCUGGAGUACCUUACAACACCAUUCGGACUGGCUGCUCGUCUAAACAACCAUGCCAUUCUCAAAAAGAUCUGGCAACACAUUAAUCCUGAUAUCAACGGCUACGAUAUCAAGGGAUUCGAUAGCUGUUUGGUAGAAGCAGCACAAUAUGGCGAAACCGCUACAUUAGGUGAGCUUUUGCGCUGGGGUCAGAAUAAUUGGUCGUCUGGGUCGAGAAGUAAGGCCUUAAGUGCGGCAGCGGAUAAUUGGCAUGUGGAAAAUCUCGAAUUGCUUCUCUCCGAAAAGAUUCCCUUUGAGAAAGAGGCACUGACCGAUGCAUUGGCUCAUAUAACUGUCAGCAAGCUAUGCUUUGAACGCCGAGAUCAGACCCAAGCUGAAAUCGCUGCACAGUCACAGUCAAUUAAGGUUCUUAUGGCUGCUGGGGCCGAUCCAAGUAAGCCUGGGCCUAGGUGGAUAUGUGAGCCUCUCCUUAUAUGGACCGCUCUGUGCAGACAAUUGCAUUAUUGUCUGAAGGCAUUUCUUGAUAAUGGUGCAGACCCUAAUCUCACCAAUAGUCAAGGACAGACUGCAUUGCACUACUUAGGAGCCCGUGUCAAGAGGGAUAACUUUUUCAGGCGAAAGUUGGAGGACAAUGAACCGACCGAGGAUGUAUUUCGCACUCUUCUUGCCUUCAAUGCCUCUAUCUUGCAACAGGACCUAUUUGGAAAUACUCCUCUGCACUUUGCCGCAUAUGGAUCACCUAUUGAAAUCCUCCACCUACUUCUUUCAAGCAUACCAAUUGAAUCGCGGAAAAUUGCUCUCACCAUGCCUAAUCAUAAUGGCGAAACGGCGUUACAUUUUGCAUCUGCAGGAGGCCGAAUCAACACCAUCAAGUAUCUCUUGUCCGAUGAUGUCUGCUUGAAUAUCAACGUAACUGCCUCCAUGGGCUGGACACCGUUGCUGAGGGCACUAGCGCCCACAGUGCCCGAACUGCAAGACCUAUCACUACCAGGAAAAAUUGAGACAGCUCAGCUACUUCUAGCCCAAGGCGCCAAUCCUUCUACAAUUGCGCACGAUGGUUGGACACCACUCCAUUGUCUUGCUAUGAAUCCUAACAAUUGGAAACGUGAAUUCAGGGAAGAAAUAUCACGACUAGUCGAGACACUGCUGUUGAGUGGUAACUCUAUUGACAGUCGCGCUUCCUUCGCGUUUGACAACCCUCUGAGUCCCACAAAAAGGAGACAUGGAGUGCAAGAGGGCAUAUACUGCGGAUGCCGAGAGUCACAGUAUAUCGAAUCACCGACUGAGUGGGACAAAGUUCGUCGUUUCGAUCUUACAACAUUACACAUUGCUGCGGAGUUUGGAGCACUCGAUGUUGUAGUAGCUUUACUCAGACAUGGGGCUGAUCCUACAGCUGAAGACUCUGAGGGUAACUCCCCAGCGAGGUUAGCGGGUAAUUCUAGAAGAUAUCUCUCCCACAGUGAAGCUCGAGGUACAAUUAUGACAACUCUGAUAGACGCUGGAGGGACAUAUUGA